UAUCAAUACCACCACCCCCAAGCAUUACCAACCUUCUCUCAUGGCGGAGACUGCCGACGAUCCUCGGUCACCGUCACUUCCUCCGUCCGUCGACCCGAGGAGCGGCUUUGACGGCGUCACCAAGACAUUCUGCAGCCUCCGCCCCACCGCCGCCAUGCCGUCACCCUCCGUCCCCCUCUCCGCCGCCUACUACGCCGAAUCCCUCCUCCACUCCCCACUCCCCUCCCACCCCGCCAUCCUCGACGCCACCACCGGCGCCGCCGUCUCCUUCCCCGACCUCCUCUCCCAGAUCCGCUCCCUCGCCGCCUCCCUCCGCGCCCACCUCGGCCUCUCCAACGGACACGUGGCGUUCAUCCUCUCCCCAAACCGCCUCGAGAUCCCUGUCCUCUACCUUGCUCUCUUCUCAAUCGGCGCCGUCGCCGCCCCCGCCAACCCCGCCUCCACCCCCUCCGAGAUCGCCAGCCUCGUCCGCCUAUCCAAACCCACCGUCGCUUUUGCCGUCUCUUCCACCGCCGCUGCCCUCCCCCGCCACCUACCCACCCUCCUCCUCGACUCCUUGGAAUUCCACUCCUUCCUCACCUCCAACGCCGCAUCGGCCGCCGUUCCGGCGGCGGAGGUGCGCCAGCCCGACGUGGCGGCCAUCCUGUUCUCCUCGGGGACAACCGGACGGGUCAAGGCGGCGGCGCUGACGCACCGGAGCUUCAUCGCGAUGAUGGCCGGGUUUUAUGCGGCGCGGCGGGAGGGACGGCCGGAGGUGAAGCUGCUGACGGCGCCGAUGUUCCAUACAAUGGGGUUCGUUGUGGCUCUGAAGGGAGUGGUGCUGGGGGCGACGAUGGUGCUGAUGGGCGGCGGCCGGGCGGGUGUAGCGGAGAUGCUCCGGGCGGCGGAGCAGCACAGGGUGACGGAGAUAACGGCGGCACCGCCCGUGGUGGUGGCAAUGGGGCGGCCAGAGGUGGCAGCGGGUCUUGACUUGUCGGCGCUCGAGCGCGUGGUCUGCGGUGGCGCUCCGCUCCACCCGGCGGCGGCGGAGCGGUUCAUGGCGAGGUUCCCUCGCGUGGAGCUCUCGCAGGGGUAUGGUUCAACUGAGGCAGGAGGAAUUUCCAUAUUGGUUGGUCCUGAUGAAUGCUGUCAUGUGAGGUCUGCUGGACGCCUCUCUUCUAAUGUCGAAGCAAAAAUUGUAGACACAGUCACUGGUGAGGCUUUAUCAGUUGCCCAAGAAGGUGAAUUAUGGGUCCGAGGUCCUGCCAUCAUGAAAGGUUAUGUUGGUGACGAUGAAGCCAAUGCUUCCAUAUUCAGUUCUGAUGGUUGGCUGAAGACAGGUGAUCUGUGUUACUUUGAUCAUGAUGGGUUUCUUUACAUCGUGGAUAGGCUGAAGGAGUUGAUCAAAUACAAGGCUUACCAGGUUCCGCCUGCUGAAUUGGAGCUUUUGCUGCAGUCCUUACCAGAAAUUGUGGAGGCUGCUGUAGUUCCGUACCCACAUGAAGAAGCAGGGCAAAUACCAAUGGCAUUUGUGGUGAGACAACCUGGAAGCAACCUCAGUGAAGCAGAAAUUAUUGAUUUUGUUGCAAAGAAGGUCGCACCAUAUAAGAAGAUACGUAAAGUUGCAUUUGUUGACUCAAUACCGAAAUCAGCAGCUGGAAAGAUCUUGAGGAGGGAAUUGAGAAAACUUGCACUUUCUACCUCCAAAUGUAAAUUAUGAUGCGUGUUUCAUGUCUAGAUCAUGAAGUCUUUUAGUUUGACAGUCUCCAAUGUACUAUGAGUUUCAAGCAUAGCGACAGUGCAUCCUAGCACUUGCUUAAUUGCUAAAAGCUUGAAAGGAUGUGCUUCAUUUAUGCCUUGUGUCAAAGCUUUUCUUUAUUUGCUCAAUAGCAUUGAACAGUUAUCAAGGGAAUGGAUUAAGCUUUCUAAAAAA